ACUAAACUAAUUAUUUUAUUUACACAUAAGGUUUAACUGAAUGUAUAUUAGUGGUUGUGUGAUCAGUGAAGACCAUCUGUGUGAUUGUGCCAUUAGAGUACAUUCACCUUUGUAUUAACACUACCACAUAAUCCCAAAUAAACUAACAUUAAUCUGAGAUAAACGUCCCGCGCGCGCGCGCCCACCGGUCACUUCUUCCCAGCUCAGUUGCAGUGAAUGGGGCAGAGCCGCGCGCACGCAGAGAUCACUCGCUCUUGUUAUUAACGUUAAUAACGUUAUCUCUCGCGUCACUCAUGUCCCCAACAACGACUGCUACCGCUGCGGUGGAGGAGGACGGGACUGCGGUUCAGGUGCACCGCUGUGAUUGAAAGACAGUGAAGUUUUUUAACGCUACCGAGAAGAAAGAGAUGAGCCCGCAUGUUAAGAAUAGCGUCUUGGUUCGUCGACAAGUGUUAAUCUGUUAAACUCGGCUCGCCAUCGUUUUUUAAUCGGUGAUGGGAUUCCUUGAGGAGCGACCUGCCGCCUAACGUUAACCCCUCUAAGAUCAGCAUGAUCUACAUUUAGGUGUUCUUGCCAAAACAGUAUGAAACAUCUCUUAAAAAAUCAGGAUGGACACUAAAGCUGUGAAGAUUGGCAAGUUUUUGAUGCCUGUUCUGAGAACUCACUAACUUUUGGAAGAUAAACUUUGCAUAGUUAGAGGAUUUAUUUAUACUGCUUUUUGGUAUACCAGUGCUCCAGGAAAAGUAAUGGAGACAGAAGAGAGGGAGGAUGUAUCACAAAAAACUGCAGCUAAUAUAAAAGCAGAGACAGAGGAAGAUGUGACCUCUGGCCACACCUGUGGGGUGUGCGGCCGCAGCUUCCCUCUUCUCAGCUCUCUGUCCCAGCACAUGAGAAGACACACACGGGAAAAGCCGUACAAGUGUCCGUACUGUGAGCACAGGACAGCUCAGAAGGGCAGUCUGAAGGCCCACAUUCGAAGCCAUAAACUGGGCCUAUUCAGCCAUAACCUCAGUGACAAGGAGGGGGAUGGGGAUGGAGAUGGAGAGCAGAAAGAUAACGCUGGGACACCUGACCCUGCUGAAAUCGUCAGCACGUCGGACAAAGCUCAUAAUGUCAACAGGAAGGUGAAGAAGAAAGGAACUAAGAAAAAAGUUAUGGGUAAAGAUGGCGUUGAGGUCGUUGAUGAGGCUGAUGGUGGGUCCUGUACCUGCAGCAUUUGUGGCCAGGUUUUCCCUCAGGUACUACUCCUUAAAUCCCACAUGAAAAGGCACCGCAGCUCCCAGGAUCAUGGUUGCCGGAUUUGUGGACGCCGUUUCCGCCAGGCAUGGUUCCUCCAAAGUCAUAUGCGCAUUCACCGGGUCAAAGCCAAGCUAAAAGGGGGCAAAAGCAAUGAGCCGCCUGCCACCAUCAAUGGAGUUCCUCAGGACCCAGCAUCGCUGACAAAUGAAGAGUGCCUCUAUGAGCUCUGUGCCGGCUGUGGUAACUUCUUCUCGGACCGCAAGACAUUGCGAAUACACGAAAAACUACAUAAACUGAACCACAGCCGCACUCAGACACAAAAUCCACCACAGGAAGAUAGUGCAGCUUCUGAGCUGCCCAUUGCUAAGAGGCAUUUUUUGGAAAGCCUGAACCUGACAUGUGUUGGACCAAGGGAAACUUCUGAGGAAAAGAGUCUGGGCAGGCGAAUUCCAGAGCUGGAUCCAGUUUGUAGUUACCAAGCGUGGCAGCUGGCCACAAGGGGGCGACUUGUGGAGGUCACAGAGAAAUGUCUGGGAUGGGAGGAGAGGCUAGCAGAUGCUGAGGUGGCAUAUGACACAGAAAAGGGUGAAUAUGUACCCCUGAAGCAGGAGAAAAAGAGGAAGCAAAUUGACGCCUCUAGCUCCAACAUUAAGAAGAUGAAGGGUGAUCCAGGCCUUGAUCACACAUUAAACAGCUUUGCUCACACUAAAGGUGGUGACAAGAAGAUUUGCCCGAAGGACCGUAUUCUGUUGAAUGGACUUGGUCAUGCUUUUUAUGAGGCGCUGCAGACUAAGAAAGUCAAAGAUGUUCACUUAACACCUAAACAGACCAACAGCAUCAGGAGCCAAGACCAGGAGGAUAAAAAACCAUACUUCUGUGAGCACUGUGAUUUCCACACUGUCGAUGCCUCACUACUCAGGUCUCACCUGCACAGACAGCACCAGGACUUCCUGGGUCCCUACAGCAAACACAGCACCAUUCUGGACAACAUUAACCAAAGUGGUUCCAAAGCCUCAAGAUACAUGGACUACCUCAGAAACAGGAGCGAGUUGCUCAGUCAGCCAUACUGGAAUCCUUACACCUGUCCGCCUGGCCAGGGCUCAGCAGAGUCAAACAUUAAAACAGAGAAGUCAAAUGGUACUGAGGUCAAAGGGCAGGGACAUACUACUAAUGAUGCUGGAAGUCUCCUUAAUCUGUCUUCAUUACCCAUAUGUGAAGGAGACGGCACUGUAAAUGAUCCGAUAACAACGGAGGGCCUGGUGAGACAUCAGUGCCCAUACUGCUCUCACACUACCAACUACCCAGAAGUACUGUGGAUUCAUCAGCGGGUUGCACACAGGGUGGAUGGCAGCAGCUCCAUGGCACCCAAGUGGGCACCCUGCACUAACAGCUCCAAGAGUUUCAAGGCAGGUGCUACCCAGUGGAGACGCACAGGGCCUCCACCGUUCCUCGAAGGCAAGGACUGCCCUGCUUUACUUGCUCCAAGAACUCAGCGCACACAGCCUCCAGGUUUCACAGCCCACAGCAGCAGCAGCAGCAGCAGCAGCAGCAGCAAGCACUCAGCCCCCAAGACCCAAUCAGGUGUCCCUAAGUCCAAGCAUCAGUCAAAGGACUCAUGCUCUUCAGAUGGGACACAGUCAGGUGGGAGGAUAGGACUUCUACCUCAAAAGAAGUCUGGUGAACAUAAACGGGCAGAGGAGGGGGGAAGUAAAAGCUCCAGUACCCAAGCUACUUCAUCGAGCACUACUGUGCACAGAAAGAGUGCCCCUACUCUCCAGCCUACAAGCAGCCCCAAACACAGAGGCCCCAGAGCUGCAGUGGAAGCAAACUUCCCACAGGAGGGUUUGGGUUUUAUGUUGGCCAGAAAUCAUGGCGGGACUUCAUCUAACACAGCUGCAGAUAGACCCCAUCCCCGCAGGCAGUCAUGUGACUCCUCUUCAGGUCCUAAAGGUCCUGAUCUGUGGGCUGCCAUGAACAUGUGGGGUCACAAAGCAUAUUUAGAACCACUCCGGUUUGCUCAGGGAAAGAACGAAUCAACAGGAGAAAUGCCAAUGGACAUUGAUAUUUUGAGUCUCCUGAAAAACUACAGUCCCCACGACCUGACUGCUCUUUACCAGCACUGGGGGUUUGUUGAUCCCAGGAUUGAUCCACAAGCAAUGUUGCAGUUAAAUGGAAAUUUUGGAAAAGAAGUCCAUUCCACCUCUGAAGCUUCCAAACAAGUGAACAGCCGCUCCACUUCAUCCUCAGGGUCUCUUCAUAAAGGAACGUGAAGAAACAUUGUGUUCCUGUUGGCGUCCAGCCUGCAUGAUACUGCUGAACAAAGAGGCCUGCUGUUCUUUAAAAGGAACCAGCCAUAACUCCUAAAAGGACAGAGGCACUGGAUAACGCACAAUAUAUGCAAAGCAAUGAGGUGGAAUCUAUUAUUUUGUAAUAUGGUUGUUUUAAUUUGAAGUGUUAUGCAUGCUUUUUGUUUGUUACGAGUGUAGAUAUGUUAGUUAUCAAAACACACUUGAAGACAUGUUCUAUGGAAAUGAGGUAGCACUGUUUGAGCUUGUUGUAAAAAUAAACAAUGGGGGCACCACAGCCUGGAUGGAAAUGAAAUGUGAAGCUACAUUCACAACGAUAAAGAGGACAUUAUAAUGGCUAAAGACCCACAGAUAUUGUCUGGUUUUGAGUGAAAGAUGAGCUUUAGCUGGUGAGAUCCAGCAAAGCAGUAAAGAAAAACAGCAAAUCUUCAAAAACCAAGAUGCCACUAGAAACACUUCAAAAAACUUCAAAAGAUGUCAGCUGUGACCUGAACAUUUUACUUCACUUUCAGUUUGUUGUUUUUUAUGGAGCCUACAAGCUUGUAAAAUUUCCAUUUUUGGUUUAAGGUUAGUACCGUUUCAAUUGUUCAACGUUCACAAUAUGCACUUAAAUAUAAAUUGCAGCUAAAACAUUGUCACUUUUCAGUUUUAAGCCCAUAUUCACAUAAUUAUUCAAAUUCUGAGUGGACAGUUGUUAUCCAUCACUAUGCUAUGACAAGUAUAGUGCUGGUAAAUUCAGAAGAGUCAAGUAAAGCGCUCAGUCACAGCAACUUUCUUUUCAGUUAAACCAGCAGAGGUUUGCUUCCACCGCUUUCAACUAAAAAUGAACAGUCAUGAUCCCACUGUUAGGCACUAUGGGAUGGUUUAAUUACAGCUAAAUCUGACGAGACUUCAGGCUUUAGCACUAUUAGCUCAUCAUCCCACACACAUUUAGAGAAACAGGAUGCACUAGUUAUAUUAUCAUUCUCACACUGGAUGUUGUGACAUAAAAGCUCCUCAGUCUCACAAGUAAUGGUUUGACUUCAACUCAAAUAGCUGGCAAAAAAUAUUUCUCCUCAACAUUACUGUGAUGAUAAUUUACCUCAUCUGUGCUGCAUAUUUGUUGCACACAUGAUAUACUUUAUGUGCAAAUACUACGAAACCUUGCCAUACUUUUGACAGAACAUGAGCAUCAUACCCGAGGCAAGUGGAAUUUCUUUAUGUAAAUUCAUUCUUGAUCAGUAUGUACUCAAACAUACCCACAAACACUUGUGCUGAAGGGCAUCAUCAGUGCAUCUUCCAUCAUCUGCUACAAUCUGUUGUGCCAGUGACCAAGUUAAACUGUUGACUUCCAGUUUACAGCCGAAAUUUAUACCACCUAAUGUAAUUCAACAACAAGCAGGGCAGCAUUAAAUCCUUGUCUUUUUGAUCGGACAUCCAUGUCAGGUGUGUGGCACCAUGGUGUUAAUCACUCAACAUUUAUCCAUGACAAAUCCAUAGCUAUUGCCACACCUAAGGUCCAGAAUCGACAAUCAAUUAAUGUGAGAAAACCAGAGAAAUAUACCUAAAUUGGUGGCUAUCGUUGUAGCCAGUCUGUCAAACAAGUUUAUGUGUCAAAAUGACCAAAUAACAAUGAAAUGUGCUUUAUAAUUCUAAGUUUGAAAUUUAAAUGCUCUAAUUUGUCCUUUUUCUCCUAUCAGAAAGCUAGUGUAAACAUCUGCACUCAUUUCACAUUGUGCUAGUGAUGUAGCAAAUUUAAUGCUGUGAUUUUUAGAAGUAGAAACUGUAGCGAUAACAAUUCCUACUGAUGUGGCCCGACUUACAUCUGCCAGUCAAGCUUUUUGAAAUUUCACCUCAUUCUCAAUUUGUUUUCACGUGUUUCCUGUUUGCAGAUUUGUUUAGUAUGUUUAGAUUUUUGUUCUGAUUCAGUGUAUUCAUCUCCCAUAGAGAAAUAGCCUGUGCAUUUGACAAAAAAAGCCAUCAAUUUAUGGAUUCUUGGGAGAUCUUGAGAAUACAUAAUUUAUUACUUGAGUAUUGACUGUUUUUUGAUAAAUAUUGUAAAUGUUUGUUUGCUAAGAGUGGAAUUUGAACACUCCUAAGUACUUGAUAUUUGUAGUAACAACAGAAAAUGUAAAAACAAAAAUUAAAAAAAGGAUUUUUUUUCAGUGACACACUUGAGGUCAGAGUGCAGGGUCAGUUGGGAGUGAAGCUCCUGCAGGAGGUAUUAUUGAGCCUGUGAUCUAAUCGGUCUGUAAAGAUGCUGCUGCAGACAGUUUUGUAGGGGAGGAGUGACAGGAAAACAGUGAGACAGUGAUUUUUAUGCAAGCCUGAACUUGUAUGCAAACCUAAAGCUUAAAGUUGAGCUUGUGACUAUGUAAACAUAUUUCACAGUUAAUAAUUAUGUUGGUAUCAGAAUUUCUAUUUUCACCAGUUCCACAUUUUAUCUGAUUGUAAAAAUAUACAAAUAAAGUUGGUCGAUGUAGAUUUA